UGGCAGUUCCUUUGCAGCUUAAGCCCGAGUUGGCAUGAUCCAGAUACAACAAGCAACCGAAACGCCAAAUGGAAAACGGUUGGCAUGCUAUCACCAAAGACACUAGAAUAUUAAUCCGAGAAUAUUGUUCUAGUGUCUUUGCUAUCACCGAGCAGUCUUCGCGCAAACAUGAAAGUGUUCAAUGCGAUAAUCGCGGCGCUCGUUUGCCUAUUUAUUGCGAAAAAUAACGUAAUGUCGCGCCUGCUGGAUGAGAAUUGUGGAAUAUCAAAGGAGGAUCCAUACGAUCCGCGCAUUACGGUAGGAAACAGAACAAAUAUAUACGAGAAUCCAUGGAUGGUGUUGGUUUCCUCGAGUAAGAUGUGCGGCGGCUCUCUAAUUACACGGCAACUCGUCCUGACAGCAGCUCACUGCGUAUUCCCCGAAAAAAUGUACGUGCGCUUGGGUAAUUACGAAACAGUAAAUCCCGAACCGUACUGCGUUAAUAAUCACUGUAUACCAAGGUUCUACAACAUCAGUGUGGAUCUAAAAAUAGUUCACGAAAAGUAUAAUGAAUGUCUUCAGAAUGAUAUAGCGUUGCUUCGAAUGUCCGAAGCUGUGGAGUACUCGGAUUAUGUUAGGCCGAUCUGCAUCCUUGUCGACGAGCAAAUGCCAAGCGCUCAAAAUUAUACGGUUACCGGCUGGGGUAAAACUGAAUCUGGUAAAUUUAGCCGGAUCCUGCUGAACGCCACUCUAUAUAACUUAGAUAUUUCAAAAUGUAAAGAGAAGUACGAAAAACCGGUUGAUCGAUCGCAGAUAUGUGCGGCCAGUCAUAUCAGUAACACCUGUAGGGGCGAUUCUGGAGGCCCCUUGAGCUCCAAAUUUUGUUAUGACAACAAACUCCUGACUUUCCAGUACGGGUUGGUCAGCUACGGAGCCGAAAGCUGCGAGGCUUAUAAUGCAGGUGUUAACACCAAUGUAUCGUACCACACGGAAUGGAUAUUGCGUGCUGUUCAAAACAUGGACUAUUUUUCUAUUUGGGCCGCGAAAACCGGACAGGAUUUUCUCCGUUUAUGUGGAAACUCUAUUUAACGUGUAGGCAUAUUGUACUCUAGAUCAGUCACAAUACAUAUUUGAAACGAAUAAAUAUGAUGGGAGAAUACGAAAUUA